AUGAAAGUGGGACAACGUCAGAUCACGAGGUCCGCAGGCAUCAGUCACCGAAAAUACAAAAUCCGGAUCUACCCAGUUGAAGUGACUGCCAGACUUAAUCUUGUGAAGGCUAUCAAGAAUAUAGUAGCUCUUGAUGUUGUCUAUAGAGCCCAUCCUCGUCCUGAACUUUGGCCUCCUCAUUAUGAUGGUAUAACUACUGGAUUUCCUCCCUACUUCCCUAUCCCUUCAUCUGGCCAUGAGAAGUUUUAUGAUGAAGUUGCUGAAGAUAAUCUGAAAUUUUCUGCUGACGAGAAAGGAAAGAAACGUGCUCGUGAAUGA